AUAACUACUCAUAUAUACAAACUCCUAAACCUUGCUUCUAAAUCCACAAAAAACAACAACAUGAAACUACUCUCUAUCACUUUGACCUCUAUCGUCAUCUCGAUGGUAUUUUACCAAACACCAAUCACCACUGAAGCAAGAAGCUUGAGGAAAACAAACGACCAAGAUCAUUUUAAAGCUGGAUUUACAGAUGAUUUCGUGCCCACUUCUCCAGGAAACAGUCCUGGUGUGGGACACAAAAAAGGUAAUGUGAAUGUUGAAGGGUUUCAAGAUGACUUCAAGCCCACGGAAGGAAGAAAGUUGCUGAAAACUAACGUUCAAGAUCAUUUCAAAACCGGAUCUACAGAUGAUUUUGCACCUACUUCCCCUGGACACAGUCCCGGGGUGGGACACAAGAAAGGAAAUGUCAAUGUUGAAAGUUCCGAAGAUGACUUCAAACACAAGGAAGGAAGAAAGCUUCAACAAACAAACGGUCAAAAUCAUUUCAAAACCGGAUCUACGGACGAUUUUGCACCUACUUCUCCGGGAAACAGUCCUGGGAUAGGUCACAAGAAAGGGCAUGCAAAUGUUAAAGGGUUUAAAGAUGACUUCGCACCCACGGAAGAAAUACGAUUGCAGAAAAUGAACGGUCAAGAUCAUUUCAAAACCGGAUCUACCGAUGAUUUCGCACCUACAACUCCAGGAAACAGUCCCGGUAUGGGCCAUAAGAAAGGAGAUGACUUCAAACCCACGACACCAGGACAUAGCCCCGGGGUUGGUCAUGCUGUCAAGAACGAUGAACCUAAAGCUUAAAAAAGGUUUAAUAGUUUAUAGCUAUAUCUAAUACAUUGGUUUACGAUAUGUAUUUUUAUAAAUUAUAGUGUAAUAGAUUAUACCCAUUGGUACCAUUUUAUACUGGAUUCAUAAUUCUAGAUCAUGAAUAAAAUUAGGGAUACAAAUUGUUGUGUUAACAUUUGAAACUCUU